CCGCGGACAAGCAUGGCUGCAGGUCAAGCUGUUAGGUUAAAAUGUUUGUGUUCACGGUUCUCUCAUGUUGUCUCUCAAAAACAAUUUAAAGCUGGAACCGUCUUGUCCGCUCGUCCUAAAUCCACAUCUCCUACCCUCGAAGGUGAUUUUACCUGCAAAGUGGAUAUUGGCCUGACCUCUGAUGGCAAAACUGUAGUGUGUUACCAUCCCUCCGUGGACAUUCCAUAUGAGCUCACAGAGCCCAUCCCCCGGCCAGACCCUCUGACAAACCCUGCGGAAACACAUGAUCAGGUUCUGAAGGCGCACUUGAGUAAAGAAGUUCUGCAGAACAAAUCAGGCCCCACCAUUGAGGAGCUCUCGAAAAUGUUCUACACCACCAAGCACCGCUGGUACCCGGUUGGACAGUAUCACAUGAGACGCAUAAAUAAAAAUCCGCCCAAAGACAGAUGAUCAGUGCAGCGGCCCGUUCGGAAACUCAAGCCUUUUUCAUACACUUCAUGUAACUCAGUCUCCAUGAUGUCAUCAACUGUUUGUGAAUUUUGUUUUAAAAAGCAAGGAUUCGAUUUAAGAUGAAAAGCUUAUGUUGAAUAUGUUGUAGUUAUUUGAUGAUAGUCAUGUUUCAUAAUAUGAUUUAAAUAUGAUAAAGAUAAUUAAGCAAAUUAAUUAUAAUUCAUUAUAAUUAAAUUAGUUUU